AUGAGCAGUGAAAAGUCAUUAUAUGACAAGGGGAAGGAGGUCCGUAUCACCGUGCUAGGAGAAGCGCAUGUCCAGAGAUCGCUUGCAGCGCGACAAAGCGAAUUCGCGAAACCGUUGCAGGACUUCACCACCGAAUAUUGCUGGGGCAAGGUUUGGUCUCGUCCCGAGCUCGACCGCAGAUCAAGAAGCCUCGUCAAUCUCGGGUUCAUGAUCGCCCUGCACAGCUGGCAUGAGCUGUCCAUUCAUACGAAAGGGGCUUUGAGGAACGGAGUGACAGAGGCAGAGAUUCGAGAAGUCGUCAUGCAGUCGAUGGUCUACUGUGGGGUGCCGUCGGGUGUCCAAGCGUUGAAAGUCUGCGAGACGGCCAUCAAUGAAAUGGUCGAGGGCGGUGAGCAUCAGAGACAGUUGAAGGAGAAAGUAUGA